AUGAUCGAUCCUUUGAGGCCUGGCAUGAAUGGAGAUGGCCUAAUUAGGAGGUGUAUCGAUGCAUUGCCGGAAGUAAAGAAGGUUGUCGCAGGUGGCAUUGCUGGUUGCGUCUCCAAGACUGCUGUAGCACCGCUGAGCCGUGUUACGAUCUUGAUGCAGGUGCAAUCCAUGCGGCCCCACAAGUUCGUCGAUGGGAAGAAUCCCAACAACCAGUACCGUCUUAAAGAAGCACAAUGUAGACGUACCUAUUUCAAAGUCUCAGGAAGAUUUACUUGGAGGAAGGCAUCACCGGCUUCUGGCGAGGGAAUCUUGCUACAUGCUUUCAUCGUUUUCCAUACACUUCAAUCACCUUCUAUGCCAAUGCCGCAAUCAGAGAGACGCUGCAGCAAAGCUAUUAUGCCUCCAAGCUUCCAGACCAGAGCCGGCACUUGUUGGCGGGUGGUGGAGCUGCGUGUGCAGCGGUUUGCACCCUUCACCCUUUGGAUGUGA